CCUCGAGCUGUGCCACCAGUUCCCGCACGGCAUCACCGACCAGGUGAUCCAGAACGACAUGCCCCACAUGGAGGCGCAGCAGCGCGCCGUGGCCAUCAACCGGCUGCUGUCCAUGGGACAACUGGAUCUUCUGAGGAGCAGCACCGGCCUCCUCUAUAGAAUUAAGGAAUCACAAAAUGCUGGAAAGAUGAAAGGAUCUGACAACCAAGAGAAACUGGUCUAUCAGAUUAUCGAGGAUGCAGGAAACAAAGGCAUUUGGAGCAGAGAUAUUAGGUAUAAAAGCAAUCUGCCCUUAACGGAAAUCAACAAGAUCUUGAAGAACUUGGAAAGCAAGAAACUCAUUAAAGCCGUGAAGUCUGUAGCAGCUUCCAAGAAGAAAGUGUACAUGUUAUACAAUCUGCAGCCUGAUCGUUCUGUGACAGGCGGGGCGUGGUAUAGUGACCAAGAUUUCGAAUCUGAAUUUGUAGAGGUGCUAAACCAGCAAUGUUUCAAGUUCCUGCAAACAAAGGCGGAGGCCGCGCGGGACAGCAAGCAGAGCCCCAUGAUCCAGAGGAACAGCUCCUUCGCCUCCUCCCACGAGGUCUGGAAGUACAUCAGUGAGCUGGGCAUCAGCAAGGUAGAAUUGUCAAUGGAGGACAUUGAAACCAUUUUAAACACAUUAAUAUACGAUGGGAAGGUGGAAAUGACCAUCAUUGUUGCCAAAGAAGCGACAGCUGGCAGUGUGGAUGGGCAUUUGAAGCUGUACAGAUCCGUCAAUCCAAUCAUUCAGCCGACGGGUUUGGUUCGGACGCCGUGUGGGCUUUGUCCAGUUUUUGAUGACUGCCACGAAGGUGGUGAAAUCUCUCCUUCCAAUUGCAUUUAUAUGACAGAAUGGCUAGAAUUUUAGCAGGCAGAUGAAGGCCACCCACUGGGAAAGUGUCAUGCAUCCUGCAUGGAUGAACCUGUUGACGUUUAGCUGUGGACACUCGUUUCUUGGAGAGCCCCGCCAGGCCAGUGACUGUGUAUUUUUUGCUUUAAAUGAAUUCCCUUUCAAGCAGCACCUGCGGUAGGGAUGCUGCAGGAUUAAAGCUCUAAAAAUACUCCCUAUAUAUGAGAUAUACAGGUACAAUCUAGCAAGGUUCAAUAUGUUUGAGAUGCAAAUUAUAUUUUGGCCAUUUAGAGAUUUGCUCUGUUAAAAAGAAUGAAUGGUUGCACUGAAAGUGUGCCUUCGGUGACAGGGACGCGUGUUCUACACUGGAGUCAGGAUCAGUUUAAUAGGAGAGAUGCAUGUGAAUUCUAAAUCUUUAAUUCUGACCAGAAGGAAUCACUUGAACGUGCUGAAGCGGCAUGUUUAAUCAAAAUGUCGGAAUUUGCCAUCAGGAGAUGAUGUGAUGCAGCCCCCUCACAUGGAGAGCUUGAGAAAAAUUAGAAAAAUGGAUGUAGAAUAAGGCAAUCCAUUCUUACCAGAUUAUUACCGUGCCACUGUCUGAUGAGGGAACCAUUUAUCAUGAUGUUUUCUUAUUCUGGAUUUUAAAAUGCUGCCUUACAGGACAAAUACGAUUUCUGAUUCAGGUUGUUAUUGUAUUAUUUAUAUAAUUAUGUACAGUCUUCCUUAGUAUAUUUAAGUCCGUAUUUCCUUGAAUGCUUCCCGUCAAGUUUCUGCCUUUUUGCCUAUGCUUUUUGGUAAAUGUUUUUUAUAGCUGUCAUUACAGCCUCAUAUUAUUGUAUUUCCCUUCAGCUUCCUCUAUACAUUUUUGCUUGCAAAAUUGUUUUAAAGAAUUAAUAUUCAGUGAAUAUACCCCUUAAAAGAAGCAUGUUAUAACUUGCUUUAACAUGGUAUAUAUCUCCAUAACCAACUGACGUAGUUUUUACUCCAGUCAAGACAGCCCAUGUUGUGCCCCCGAAAUUGUGGUAUUUGUAAUUAAGUACAAUACUCCAUAAAUGAUCCUUAGUUCUA